AUGGAAAACUCAAAGCUAAAGCGUAAUAUAAAACCGUUUAAUGGCGAGAAGUAUAGUGUCUGGAAAUUUAGAAUACGCGCGCUUUUGAGCGAAAUAGAUGUUAUAAGUGUAAUUGAUGAGGAAGUACCCGCAACGCGGAGUCAAGAGUGGAUCACAAAGAAUUGUAUUGCUAAAAGUACUAUCGUUGAGUAUUUAGAAGAUUCUUAUCUUGGUUUUGCUAAGGAAGAAAUAACGGCUAAAUAUAUUUUUAAAAAUUUAGAUGCCUUUUACGAACGAAAAAGUCUUGCGACACAGUUGGCUUUGAGAAAACAGUUAUUGUCUCUGAAAUUACAUGGUGAUACACCACUAAUAAAACAUUUUACUAUUUUUGAAGAUUUGAUUAUGGAAUUAUUGGCUGCCGGAGCCAAGUUAGAAGAAACUGAUAAAGUGUCUCAUUUAUUACUUACACUUCCGGCGACAUAUGACGGUGUCAUAACUGCGAUUGAAACAUUGUCGGAAGAUAAUUUAACACACCCAGUGUUCGUAAAAACAAGACUCUUGGAUCAUGAAGUUAAACUAAAAACAGAAAGUCGUGAUACGAGUAUGAAAGUUUUACAGAUAAAAAAUAAAAACGAGAUAUUUAAAAGAAAAAGGAACGAAAAUACAUAUAUAACAAAUAACUACCCGCAUAAAAAUUAUAAUCAUAAGGCAAAGAGGAAGAUACACUUUCUAAAAUGCCAUCAUUGUGGACGUAAAGGACACGUUAAAAAUGAUUGUUUUUAUUUCAAGAGAGUGAAUAAGAGUAAAGUUUCCGACAGAAGCAGGACUGUUCAGUCGGUAGUUAUGACCGAACCAACUACUGCUGAUGAACAGCCUAGAUUUGCUUUUAUGGCCGGUAAAAAUGAGAAGAGUAUUCAUAAUGACCGAAUCACAUUCCUGUUGGACUCUAGAGUGUCAGACCACAUUAUAAACAGGGAUGAUUUUUUUAUUAACUACACUAUCUUACUAAUUCCAAUUAAAAUUUCAGUUGCUAAAGUUGGCGAAUUUAUUACAGCUACAAAAAGAGGAACAAUAAAAGUUACCAGUGACAUGGGUAUUGAUGGAGUUUUGGAGGAUGUAUUAUUCUGCCCUGAGGUUCCAUAUAACUUACUGUCCGUUUCCAAGAUACAAAGAGCUGGAUUGACAAUUAUUUUCGAUCAAGAUGGAGCUCAUAUAUUCAAGGAUGGUAAGACAUUAAUUAAUGAGCGUAUGAUUAGAACUGUAACUGAAAAAGCUCGCGCUAUGUUGAGCGGUGCUAAAUUAGAAAAAGUUUUCUGGGGUGAAGCUGUAUUGACAGCUGUUUAUUUAAUAAAUUUAACACCUACUAAAGCUUUGAAACAGUCUCGAACACCAUUUGAAAUGUGGCAUAAUAGGAAACCACAAAUUAAAUGCCUGAGAGUUUUUGGAUCUACUGUCUAUGUUCAUAAUAAAACAAAUAAGAAUAAAUUUGAUGAUAAAUCGUGGAAAGGUAAACAGUUAGCCGAUGUGCUCACAAAACCGCUACCUUCAAUAGCAUUUAAAACACAUAGAGCCAAAAUGGGCUUAGAAUAA